CAUCACUUUCAGCUUUCUCCUACGCCAAAAAUUUUACCCUAAUUUAUCUGUACCAGGUUUUCAAUACGACAUCGUUUUCUGCUAAUCAUCACCUCAACGAUCAUCGCAAUAAGAUAUUAAAAUUAUUAAGUAGAAAAUGGCUAGAGAUAGGGAAGUAUCUCGAUCGCCGUCGUAUAAACGGAGGCGUAGUAGUAGGUAUUCGAGGUCGCCUUCUCCGGCGGUGGUGCAGAGACACAACGGUCGAAGAGAGAGAAGCCGAAGAGAUCGUUCUCCUUAUUCGUAUAGCAGGAGAAAAAGCCGCUCCAUAUCUCCACGUCGCCGUCGUCGAAGCCGUUCACCAGCUUCUAGACGACACAGAAGUCGCUCUGCAACACCAAGGCGCCAUAAGCGGGGAAAAAGCAGAAGCUCUUCAUUGUCUCCUAUAGCCAAAUCUUCCAGUAUUGGGCCUAUAGAGGGCAAAAUUGUGGUUGACAAAUUGAAAACAGAAGAUGAAGAUGAAAAGAAAAGGCGUCAGCAGGAAGCAGAGUUUAAGUUGGUGGAGGAAGAAACUGCAAAAAGAGUGGAGGAGGCGAUAAGGAAGAAAGUGGAAGAAAGGUUAGGGUCAGAGGAGAUCAGGCUAGAAAUCCAGAGGCAGCUGGAGGAGGGUCGGAAGAAAGUUCUUAUUGAAGUUGUAGCUCAACUUGAGAAAGAGAAGGAAGCCGCAAUUAACGAAGCUAGACGAAAAGAGGAAGAAGCUCAAAAAGAGAAAGAAGAGCUAGAGAGGCUAGUUGAAGAAAACCGAAGGAGGAUUGAAGAAGCUCAAAGGAGAGAAGCAUUGGAGCAGCAAAAACGUGAGGAAGAACGAUACAAGGAGCUAGAAGAGCUCCAACGUCAAAAAGAAGCAGCUCUACGGAGGAAAAAGCAACAAGAGGAAGAAGAGCGUGCAAACCAGCAGAAAUUGCUUGGCAAGAACAAAUCUCGACCCAAGUUAUCUUUUGCAUUAGGUUCAAAAUGAUGAUAUAGCAAUCUUAUAUCCCAUUUCCAUUCAGUAUCAAUAUUUACAAGCAGUUGUAUCAUGAAUGACCUUUUACAUUCCUCGUGUAUUUCAGACAUGUUUGUGAGAAAAAAAAACUAGAUUUUGAUUC